UAUUACAGGUUUUGUCUCCAAUAGAGUUACCCUUCUCCUCUUAACAUCAUUGAAUUAAUGAAAAUGCCUGAGAGUGAAUCUGCAGAAAAUGACGACACGAUUACAAAUGAUAGAGACCUUCGAAACAAGAAAUGGAUUAUAAGAAGAAAUUUGUCUUCAUUUUGGUUGCUGGGGUUAUGUAACAACUAUGCAUACGUCAUCAUGCUCAGUGCAGCUUUUGAUAUUUUGGGAGAAGAAAGAGCCCCAAUGACAACACCCAGUCCAAUUACCAUGCAUACUGUUAUAAACUGGAGUGACAUCAAUGGUACCACAUCACCUACCAUCAAUCCAUACGACUGUAAUCCUUCAAGUACUGCUGUCAUUUUGUUAGCUGAUAUCCUUCCAUGUCUUCUUGUAAAGCUAGCAUCACCUUGGUUUGCAGAUCUCAUUCCUUAUGAUGUUCGAAUAGGUUUUUGUGUCGUCCUCAUCGCUGCGGGCCUUAUCAUGGUUUCCUUUGCCAAGACACUUGCUUUGAGUAUUAUCGGUGUAGUCGUCGCAUCAAUUGCCUCUGGACUUGGAGAAUUUAGUUUUAUGAGUAUGGCAACCUUCUUUGAUGAAAAUGUUGUAUCAACAUGGUCAUCAGGCACUGGGGGUGCAGGGUUGUUUGGUGCACUAAGCUAUGCGGGGCUUACAUCUGCUGGUUUAUCACCACGCAACACAAUACUCGUAAUGCUGAUUAUACCAGUUCUCAUGGCAUCAAGUUACUGGUUGGUUUUAGUUAGAGUUCCAGCAAUACAGAGCUGUUCCUGGGGAAGAAGACAGUCGAAUAUACAGUAUCCCCCAUUGUUGGAAGAAACAGAAAAAGAGGAAGAAGAUAUUACUUCUAUUCAAGAUACGGAGGCUUCACAUCUGCCAUGGCGAGAGAAGGUAGCUGUCUUAAAGUCGGUGCUCUAUCUGAUGAUACCUUUGAUGGUUGUCUAUGUAGCAGAGUACUUCAUCAAUCAAGGACUUUACGAGCUGUUGUUUUUCCCUCAUGCUUGGUUGCCACACCAGGAACAGUACAGAUGGUAUCAAGUUUUAUACCAAACUGGAGUGUUUAUCUCAAGGUCUUCAGUUAAUAUUGUUCACAUACGGAGAACAUGGAUCUUUGCCGUUAUGCAGAUUGCAAACAUGAUCAUCUUCCUGACGCAACUGUUCUACUUCUACAUUCCAUCUAUCUUCAUUGUGUUUGUUCUUGUCUUGUUCGAGGGGUUGCUUGGUGGGGCUGCCUAUGUCAAUACCUUCUACGUCAUUAGGAGAGAGGUAUCUGUGGAUAAAAGGGAAUUUGCCUUAGGGGCACCUACAGUAUCUGACUCAAUUGGCAUAUCCAUAGCAGCACUUAUUGCAGUUCCAACCCAUACAGCAUUUUGUAACAGAGUGGUGGUGAAAUAACUAUGUCAUACUUUUUUGUUCCUCAUAUUUGUUAGACCUCAAAAUAGUGCAGUAAUUCUUAUGUGGGGGCUCAAUACAUCUCAACAACUUCUUUGUAAUGUUGUCACUAUGCAUGAAGCUAAAUCCAAAUCAUGUUUUGGACAGUUUAUAAGUGUGUUGAAGAAGUGAUGAGUUCAGAAUAUUGUAAUGCCUGAAACAUUUGUCAUAUAUCCACAAUUUGCCACUCUCCACCCAGGUGUUAAAUGGGUACCCGGUAGGAUGCGAAAGCCUAUGUAGUAUGCCUAGCAAUUGAGUCUUGGAACUCUUGUUGGAAUGCUCCCCAGGGAGUGGAGAAGGUGCAUACAUUGUAUGCGGGCAUGCAAGGAUCCGAUGACCGGGGUAAUAAUAUAUCUGUAAAGCGCUUAGAGACGUCGUUCCGAUGUGUUAAGCGCUAUAUAAAUGCGGAAUAUUAUUAUUAUUAUAUACAGUUGGAUAUUUUACAAAUAUGAAAAUCAUUGAGAGUAUAAGGUAUAAGUAAGAAUUGUGGGGUCCUUGGGGUCUAGUGGUUACGACUCUCGUCUUUCAAUCAGAGGGACGUUGGUUCAAAUCUCAGCCAUGGCGUGUUUUCCUUAAGCAAGAAAUUUACCCACAUUUUGCUGCACUCAACCCAGGUGAGGUGAAUGGGUACGCAGCAGAAUUUUUUCCUUGAAAUGCUGGAAGGUUGCUCGAGCUAAAGCUAGGGUAAUAAUGAUAAUAACAAUGCGCCUCAGAAUAGACUAUUUCUAGAUAGAUGGUGCAAUAUGAAUGUCUUUUACUAGUAUUGUUAUUAUUUAUUACAUGCACAAGUCACUUUAGGGACAGUUCUGAUGCUGUUAGCUAUUACUAAUGACUAUGCAUGUGACAUAUUUCAGUAUUUCAUUGUUUAUUUCACUGUUAUCUUGUAUACCACCCAAACUCUGGUAGUAAAUCAUGAAUACUGCUUUUAUUCUUUAAAUCUCAUAGGAUUUGUAAAAUAAUACAGGGACCACCCAAUUCCAGUAGGUGAUUUUUAGAAAGUCAUCCAAUGCCUUUUUAAGUCUCACUCUUUAAACUUGUCAUCAGACGAUAGUUUGACAUAAUAUUACAUGGUUAUGGAAACAGAUCUUUACACACAUCAUGUCUUCCAGCAAUUGUAAGGAACUAAAAGUUCUAAAUUUUAUAUAUUCUGUCAGUUUUGUAGAUCGGUAAUGAAGAGUAUUUUUUACAUAAGUCUUUCAGUAUAUUUCUAUUUAUAUAUCUUUUAAAUUUUAAAUAAUUUUGAUCGUUUGGAAUUUGCUAUUUAUUUAUGCAUCAUACAUUUAGUCAUUUGUGACUUGCUAUGUAGAGUAGUACUUCUUUGGGAACUUGGCUUAUUAAACAAGUUAAUUAUAGAAAUAAAAGUGAUAUUGAUAUGAAUGAAAAUAAUUAUAAAUUUACCCAGGGUAGGCACUUUAGCUAUGAUAUUAUAUUAUAACAGCCCUAAAAAAUAUAUUUUUACUCCUCCAUUCUAUUAUUCUGAUUGAUUGGAAUGGAAGAAAAAGGUUGAAUUUUAAAAACUUUUUGCUAAGACUUGGGCAGGAAUCUAAGUUACAAUUCAUUUAUUCCUUAAGAAACUUCCUUGGUACAUUGUUGGUAUUUUUUCUGGCAUUGUAGAAAGAAUAUCGGGGGGGGGGGCACUUUCAUUGACGAGUGGAUACCAGGCGCAACCAAAGAAAUGCGUAAAAAGGAUCUCUUAUGUAAGAUUGGGCAUGUUAUGUACAUAACGUUUUAAGGGUGUCAAAAACACUAAAAUACUGAAAAAAGGGUAUACAUUUUGCUAGGAAAUCCACAUGAUUAUGGUCAAAUUUGCGAGGGUAUAAAAAAGACUAAAUUGCUUUAGAAAGGAUGUUCUUCUUGCCCCAACACUAUGUGUUUGAGUCCGAUUUGAGUGAGGUGUGGGAGGUGGGGAGGUACUAAACCCAAUAUGUAAAAGUAAAGCCCGACGUCCAUGAUCACGUCCAUGACAUAAUUGAAAUAUUGCUGUACUGGUACUUGUUUAGGGGGUCAAUUCAGGGAAUACUUGUCAAGGGUACCAUUUUGUUUCCAAUAUUUAUCGAAGGGUAGGGUUUCACAUGCCAAUACUUGUUAAAGGGGUGCAUUUUCAGAAUAUGGAAAAUACUUUUUUAGGGUGCUGGUCGCGCCUGGUAUCCUCUCACCAAUGGAAGUGCUUUCCCCCCCCCUCCCGGAAGAAUAUUUACGCCAUCUACGUUCACAUUUCGUUUGGUGCUUAAGUUUUUGCAGAGAAUUAUAAAUUCUUUGGUACAAAGAUUCUACUUGUCUUUUGUAUUGUAUGGAGAUCAAAGAUUGGUAAAGACCAUCUUUUAUGAAUGGGAUAAGAGUUUCUCAAGGGAAAAAUUAAUUAACCUUGGUAACAGAAAUGAUUGUGUAAGUAGAGGAAAACCAGGAUAGAAUAAGACUCUGUAAAUCUCUGUAUGGACAAAUCUUCCCCUCCCAUUUGAUCAUUUGCUUAAUUAUUUGUAUUUUGUGUUUUUCUCAGGGCUAUAUUGACUUUUCUAAAAAAGUUAUGAUACGUUGCAGUGCAAUUUUAUCACGUUACAGAUUUAUCACAAAGAAUGUCGGGGGGGGGGGGGGGCUAGAUAGGGUUAAUGCCUGAAACAUUUGUCAUAUAUACAGUUCGACAGUAUACAAAUAUUAUUUAUCUUUGAGGGCAUUGGUAAGAAUUACACACACAAGGCACUUUGGCAACAGAUCUAAAACUUUUAGCUAAACAAAUAACUGACUAGGAACAAGAUAUAUUUCAGCAAAUCAUUUGAUUAUGUUACCCUACACAGUUAACUUGUAUACCAACCAUGCUCAGACAUUAAAGGAGAAUGAAACUCUUGGAGCAAGUUAGCUUUUGUGAAAGCAGAAAAAUCAAAGAAUAAGAUCAACAAAAGUUUGAGUAAAAUAGGACAAGCAAUAGAAGAGUUAUGAGCAUUUGAAUGUCGAGAUCACUAAAGCUAUGGAGAUCCUCCCAUUGGCAAUGCGACCAAGAUCUAUGAUGUCACAGAUGAACAACUCUCCCCUUUUGGACACUGAAAAUAUACCCCAAAACAUCUCUUUUUGCUCAUUCUAAUCAUAUGACAAACGAUUCAUCAAUGAUAUAAUGUUGUGAAACCUCUGUACUUGUCCUCUCAUAAAGAGAACACCUCACCUUGUGACAGACUCUAUAAAAGUGAGAAUAUAAGUGAAAUAAGUACUAAAGUAAUGAGGGAGUUGUACGUGUGUGACAUCACAGAUCUUGGUCGCAUUGCCAAUGGGAGGAACUACAUGGCAUUAGUGAUCUCAAUAUUCAAAUGCUCAUAACUUUCUUAUUAUUCAUUCAAUCUUCCUCAAACUUUCAACAAUAUGUUUCUUCAAUUUUUCUCUUUGAUAUGGAUUCAGCUGGUUUCAAGGGUUUCAUUCUCCUUUAAUAAUGAAUACCAUUUUUUUGCAUUAAUUUUUCAUCUCAUGGGCCUUGUACAAUAAUACAGGAACCACCUAGUUCCAGAAGGCAAUGUAAAGUUAUUGAUGCAUUUGAAGUCUCAUUCUUUCAUCUCAUGGGCCUUGUACAAUAAUACAGGAACCACCUAGUUCUAGAAGUCAAUAUAAAGUUAUUGAUGCAUUUGAAGUCUCAUUCUUUCAUCUCAUUUGCAUAACAGAAUGAAUUAAAAAAAAACUUGCCAUCAAACUAUUAUAGAUGUUUUAUUAUGGAAACAAAUUUUUGAGUAUAUCAUGUCUUCCAGCAAUGGUAAGAAUCUAUAAGUUUCGAAUUUUUAUUCAUAUAUUCUGUCAGUUAUGUAGAUUGGCAGUGAGGAGUAUUUUUGUUACACAAGUCAGUAUAUUUAUAUUUAUGUCUUUUUAAUGUUCUAUCAUUUUGAUCAUUUAAAAUUCUGUAUAUUUGCAUUGUACAUGUAGUCUUUGUGACUUACUAUGUACUGUGGUAGUUAUUGGGGAACUUGGUUUAUCAAACGGUUUAUGAAAUAAAUAAAAAUAGUACUGAUAUGAAUGAAAAUAAUUUAAGUAACUCUCAAAUCCAGUUUCAGGACUUGGUUAAAUGUUGCAAAAUGUAUUGAAAUACAGUGCGUAUAAAAAAAACUGGACAGUUUUGAAAAGUCUAUAAAAAAUUGGUUCAAAUUAUUGUAUCUAUAUUUUGAUGUUAAUAGAUGCUCUGAGAUGUUAUCUUUGAAAUGCCAUUUAAAAAAAUAAAUUUUGUUCAUGCUUGAGCGAACAUGGGACGUUUUUGUCGGGGGUUCAAAAAGAGGCUUGCGCCAAAAUGGCAGAAAUGAGAAAUUUGAUGAUUAGACUUUUGGCUAAUCAGCAGACUUCCUCUUAAUCUUUUCAUUGUCUUUGCCAUAAUUUUCAAAUUAUGCUGUCAAAUUUCGUUUACAAAUUUAUUUAUUUACCUGAAUUAUUUUGUUUUUCAUUUAAACUUCUUUUACCUUUGAAUUUUCCUUCAUAAGUAAGAAAAGAAGACUUUUUGUCAACCCAAGUAAGAAGAUUUGCAUUAUUAAUUGGAAGAAUUUGUAAUUAUUCAAAUCCUGUUAUUAUGUGAAACAAAUUUUAUUCUGGUACCUAUAAAAGACAUGAAUCCUAUUUUCAAGGGGUUAUUGAAUUCUUCACCAAGUUUAUGUGCCUGACAGGACAAACAGGAAAGGAUUCAUGUCUUUCAACGGCAAUGAUGUAUUGAGUCAAUUUUGAAGGAGCAAGAUAUGGCAGAUCAGAUAAAAUGUAUUAAAAAGUUGUGAAGCCAUCAAGCAAAAAUAUCCACUUUUUUAUUAAAAUUUUGUGAUUUUGACAUAAUAUUCAGAAAAUGAUAUUAUAUUUCACUUUCUUUGUUUUCUGUUAUUUUCCUUUACACUUUUUUUUCUUGGUCAUUAUUUUUUUUUGGGGGGGUAGCACCCCAAGCCCCCACCCAUCAGUAUGCCACUAUUCAAAGGAACCAUAACCUUUGUACAUUGUAGCACACAAAGGAUUUGAAGAAAAAAACAUGCUUUCCCAUACUUUGGUUUAAAAAAAAUUGUUCAUGCCUAAAAAAGGAAUAUUAAAAGCUAAAAGAGAACAUAUUAAAAAGGAACUACAAAACAAUUAAAGCAAAGAAGUAGAUUUGGAAAUGAAUUUUUACCGCAUAAUUCGAAAAUUAUGGCAAAGAUAAUGAAAAGGUUAAGAGGAAGUCUGCUGAUUAGCAAGAAGUCCAACCAUCAUAUUUAUUAUUUUAUGCUAUUUUGGCGCAAGCCUCCUUUUAACCCCAGACAAAAACAUUCCAUGUUCGCUCAAGCAUGAACAAAACUAAAUUAUUUUAAUGGCAUUUGAAGGAUAAUACUUCAGAGCACCUAUUGACACCAAAAUAUAGAGAUCAUAAUUUGAAACAACAAUUUUAUAGACUUUUUAAAUCUGUCCCUUUUUUUUAUAGGCACUGUAUAGAUCAACCAUUUUCAUCCUUUCUAACAUUGAUAGUUUAUAUACCAUGUUUAUCCCUUUAUUUUGAGAUGAAAUAUUGUAAUAUCCAUCCAAAUGAAUGUUCAUUAAGUCCCAAAUUGUUUUCCAUAAUGCAAAAGAAAGAGAAUGUAAAGUAAAAUGUUUAUUCUUAGUGGAUAACUCAAUAACAAUGCACUUUGCAGCAUUCCAAUUACACUUUCAUUUUCAACUGGGGGAUAUUGUUUUAUUUUACAUGAGUGAACUUCACAACAUGAAAAAUUAUUGUUUCAGUAGAUUUUUGUUGAGAGUAUUUUCUGACAAUGGGCUGUAUAUUUUUUCAAACAUUCAAUUUGUAUCAUUUAUUGAUAAUCGUCAAUGCAUUAAUGAGAUGAAAUACAUGGAGACUAUGCAAGAUUUACAAA